AUGCUCGAAGCUAAUCUGGAGCUGCCCGUGGACGGCAUAUGUUCCCUAACAGUUCCAUACAUUUCGGUAUGUAACCUCCGCUCAGAUAUUCGGCAUGGGUUAAUCACUGAAGCUUGGAACCAAGCGGAACUUCCGACUCGGCGCAAUGUCACGUUACCUAACUUUAAAGCAUCAAACUUUUUCUUGCCGCUUCUCACCCGUUCGUUCACUUCAAGACCUACACAGGAGAAUGCAAUAUACCUAUCCUGA